ACAACACAAAGAAACGCUGGGCUGUCUCUCUGCGAUGCAAUGGGACAUCACUGACAUUUCAGACGACUCAGGAAGAGAUGAUGUAGGCCUACCUGACUCUGUCAUCUAGAGCUGCAGCAGCCUACAAAUGAAACGCUAUUUCCGGGAUGAGUAAGGGGAAACCCGUGGUUAAUCAUCUCUAAAUCGAGUUUUGAAGACAUGGCUUCAUUAUGUUCGGCUACAGACAGGGACAGUCACUUUGCAACAGGUGGAACUUCAAAUGACGCGUUCAUGAGCGCGAACUGAGCACAGAAUUGAUUCCAAGUUAGGCUACUUUUUAGAUUUUUCCGAGUGUCAUGGCGUCUAGAAAAGACAUCACAAAUGAUGUGUCCUCCACGCCAGAUGAAAAUGAGUAUCCGUCCGGAUUUCCUCAGAGUAUUUGUGACCAAACUCCUCACGAGAAGUACUUAUGUAGCAACUGCAACAGCGUCCUUAAUAAAGCUCGCCAAACCGCUUGCGGGCAUCGCUACUGCCUGGCCUGUGUCAACUGGCUUGUCAGGAACAACAAGACCCCCGUAUGCAAAAAGUGCAAAGAGGAGGAGCCGAAGGCAGAUAACGAGGCAAGCAUUCUGACUCUGGACAAUUCGUUCAGCGAUGCGGCCAUCACCAAGGAGAUCCUGGAGCUGAGGGUGCACUGCGCCAACCACCGAUGCCCAUGGAGCGGCGUGCUCAGGGACUUUGAGGAGCACCAGACCCAGUGUGAUUAUGCUCUGAUCCCCUGUAACGUGGGCUGUGGACACAUGGUGCUGCGGAAGGCUCUGGCCACUCACCUUGAGAAGGGCUGCCCCAAGACCACCUCCUCCUGCCCGGCCUGCUCACAAACACUCACCCUCGCCCAGCUACCGGUAAGUAUUUUUGGUAUAUUUGUGUUCCAUGGUGUUGUGUUGUCCUGUGUCGGCACCACAGAGAAGGUCCGAGAGCAUGAGAGCAGCAGUCAUGUGUCCCACCUGCAGCUCCUCCUGAGAGCUGUGCAGAGUUUACCCCCGUCAACCUCCACCUCCAGCCAACCCCCCCUGGCCCUCCCCUCACAGCUCUCCAGCCCUGGGGCGGGCAGCCUGGACCCUCUGCUGGAGGUGGAUGGCGGGGAGGGUGGCGGUGGGAGGUGUCAGGAGGAGAUGUCUCUCGCCCACAGCUUACGGGAGGACCAGGCGGCUGCCGCCGCCGCUGUGGUGGGUCAGCAGCUGGACUCUGUGCAGGAGCGCGUGUGCGUUUUCGAGAACAUCAUCUCGGCGCUUAGCCGCGAGGUGGAGAAGGCUCAGCUGUGCAUGGCCGCGCUGGAGCGAGAUCACCACAGCAACCAGGACGUCAUCAACUUCCUGGAGGCCAAGAUAGCAGAGCAGCAGCAGCGUCUGGUGAUGAAAGAGGGGCUCGUUAGCGCCCUCCAGCUGCGGGUGAGUGCACUGCAGGAGGUCUCCUAUGACGGCACCUUCCUCUGGCGGGUCCCCGACAUCAACCAGAAGCUGCAGGAGGCCGCCCAGGGACAGAGGAGUAGCCUCUACUCUCCAGCGUUCUACACGUCCAGGUACGGCUUUAAGGUGUGUCUGCGGCUCUACCUGAAUGGAGACGGCGUCGGACGGGGGACCCACAUCUCGCUCUUCUUCGUCAUCAUGAGGGGCGAGUACGAUGCCCUGCUCACCUGGCCCUUCCGACACAAGGUCACGUUCUUCCUGAUAGACCAGAACCAGAGGGAACACGUUCUGGAUGCGUUCCGACCCGACCUGUCCUCCGCGUCCUUCAAGCGGCCCACUUCAGACAUGAAUGUGGCCAGUGGCUGCCCCUGCUUCUGCCCGCUGAGCAAGCUGUCCUCGCCCAAAUACGCGUACUGCAAGGGGAACACACUCUUCGUCAAAUGCGUUGUGGACACCUCUUCCUAAGGAUGGGAUCAGAACCUCCUCCCGAACGGAACCAGACCCAGAACACAGCUGGCUUGAUAACAGACCCGACCCCGGCUUCAGAACCCAGAACUGCCCCAAACAGCGUAUUUCCCUAAAACUUUGUUGUGCUAAUUAAUUGACCUCUGGUAGAUGAACAACACAACAGAUCAAAAAGAUUAAUUUUGUAGAACUAUAGUUUAUAUAGGUCACACAGAUAAAAAAGACUACAAUCAUUUUGUAAUACUAUAGUUUGUGUAUGCCAAACCAUAGGUUUAGGGAAACAGGCCAAAUCUGUUCAAAAGUCACACUAGGAGGUCAUACUAAAUAAUUACAUUACAUUUCUCUGAAACCCCCCUAGAGCCCUUUCAUUUGAGAAUGACUCACUUCAUUUAAUUUGAAAAUGGUCCAUGCAAAAGUAUUCUGAAUAUUCCUGUAGAAAUCACCUGAAAGCUUUCAAGGGUUUUUGUUUCAUACACGCUCAAUAAAUGGUUUCACUGUGAGUUGGAAUAAGAUUACAGGCAGCUGCUAUCUUACCAAGGGGAUUUCUGACAAUGUGAUGAACUUUUACUUUCUUUGCCACAGUACAGAUUUACAGGUUUUUUUAUAUGUUUGUAUCAGGACAACUUUGUAUGAUGUAAAGCUUUGUACUUGCAAUUUCAUUUUCUGUGUUAUUUAUUCAAUUGUUCAAAGGCACACCAUGAUAAUAAAAUGAUAUUAAUGUG